UCGUCUCUUUUGAUUUUCCUGACACUCUUUGCAGUGCCUUCACCGCACACCAUCCCUCCCCUGGGCCGGAUCUCCUCCCUCCAAAUACCUUAACCAUCAGUCCAUCACUACACCAAAGUCCAAACCAUGGCUUCGCCUGCGCCUCCCAAUACACACAUCACGGCAUAGGCGCGGCUACGGGCUACCCCUAUACCUUAAUUACCAUGGACGCAUCCGCGUCUUCUUCCUCAGCGGCGGCGCCGCCAGCGCACCCGUCCGUGCUGGACACGAUCCAGACGAAGCUAAGCCCGGGCGUGCUCCUGGUGGUGGCCAUCCUGGCCAUGGUGUUCUUCAUCUUCGGCCUGCUCAACCUCCUCGUGCAGAACAUCCUCCGCCUCCGCCGCGCGCGCCGGCGCCGCCUGCGCGUGGGCGACGCCGACGGCAGCCCGACGGCGCUGCAGGGCCAGCUGCAGCAGCUGUUCCACCUCCACGACGCCGGCGUCGACCAGGCCUUCAUCGACGCGCUCCCCGUCUUCCUCUACCGCGACAUCGUCAAGGGCGCCGGCAAGGAGGAAGACGGCGGGGGCGCGUUCGACUGCGCUGUGUGCCUGUGCGAGUUCGCCAUGGACGACGGGCUCCGGCUGCUCCCGACCUGCGGCCACGCGUUCCACGUGCCCUGCAUCGACGCCUGGCUUCUGUCCCACUCCACCUGCCCGCUCUGCCGCCGCAGCGUCCUCGCCGAUCUCGACCUCGCGCCGGAGCCCUCCAGCCCGGCGCUGCUCGUCCUCGAGUCCGAAGUCACGGCCAUGGAGGCAUUGGGGGUUGACAACGAGGGGGCCCCGAAGGCAGAGGAGGACGAGGAGGUCGUCGAGGUGAAGCUUGGCAAGCUCAGGUGCGUGGACGGCAUCGGCAAUGGCGUCGCCGUGGAAACCACUGGCAGAAGCAGCGACGACAACGGCAACAACGGCAGGAGAAGCCUGGGGCAGAGGCGGUGCCUGUCCAUGGGAUCCUACGAGUACGUCAUGGACGGCCGCGCCGCGCUGCGCGUCGCCAUCAAGACGCCAAACAAGAAGCUGCAGAGCGCGAGCAGAUCGCGGCGCCGGCGGCACGCGCUGUCGGACUUCGACUUCGGGUUCGGGAACGCCAAGAAAUUAGGCGCGCCGGCGUGGGAAGCGGCCGUGAGAGACCAGGCGGCCGAUGCUGUUGCUGCUGGAUCAAUGCGUUGCGGGGGCGAAGGUGCCGCGGCGGCAGGAAGCAGGCUGAAGAAGGACAGCUUCUCCGUGUCCAAGAUCUGGAUGGUGCCGGCGGCGGCGGCUGCAAGGAAGGAAGAGGGGCGGGCGUUGGUGGGCGGCGGGAGCAGGCGCUCGGUGUCGUUCCGGUGGCCGGCGAUGGCGGCGGCCGAGGCGAGCAGGAGCAAUGAAGGCGGGGACGUGGAGGCGCAGCCUGGGGGUGGAAGCUCCGGCAACAUUGCCGGGGAGAGGACGGCGCCGUUGUGGGCCGCCGGCGGGUGGCAGACCAGCAGCAGCAGCGCCGGUAGCCAUCCUUGACUUGCAUUUGAUCGGUCGCAUUUCUUCUUCUCGAAAUUCAGUUUUUCUUUUUAGUUACUCGGAACAUGGAAGAUUGAUUGAUUUUUCAUAUUUUUCUUAUGCCUGUGAUGAUCCAUUAUUAGCAAAUAGGAACAUAUCAUUGAUCGUACCUUGUGAGAUUAUCAAAAAGUUUUUGUGAAGCAUUCGAACUAAGCUAUUUUGGCUA